AUGUCCAGCCGGUACGCGAAAGUUCAUGAAAACCCUCAGGGCCCAGGAGAUGCCCGACCAACGGCACAGCAGGUUAUUCAUGACGAGGAUCUGGAAGGCAAGUGGGCUGUUCGGUCAGUCUUGAUUACUGGUGCAUCCUCUGGAAUUGGUGUCGAAUCUGCCAAAGCGCUUUUCACCACGGGCGCAACACUGUACCUCACGGCACGAAACCUGGAUAAGGCAAAGAAUGCCCUGGGGGAAUUGACAUCCUCCCCGCGUGUGCACCUUUUGGAAUUGGAUCUGGAGUCCUUUGAAAGUGUGCGCGCCUGUGCUAGCCAACUCCUCUCCAUGACCAAGACUCUUGAUGUUUUCAUCGCCAACGCCGGUGUCAUGGCAACGCCAGAAGGGCGCACCAAGGAUGGCUUCGAAACCCAGCUCGGGACCAAUUACCUCGCUCAUUUUCUGCUAUUCCUUCUCUUACGCUCAGCUCUAUUAGCUGCUGCCGCUUCUCCUCGACCCAAUUCCCGAGUCAUUUUCUUGUCAUCUAUUGCCCAUCGAUACUCGGAAGUUGUCUUUGAUAACCCUAAUUUGGACGGUGCUUACGAAAAGUGGAAGGCGUAUGGACAAAGCAAAACCGCUUUACUUUGGGUAGCUAAUGAGGUUGACCGCCGCUACGCCUCUCACGGUCUGCGUGCUUUCAGUGUUCAACCCGGUGGCAUUCAGACCGGGCUGCUGCAACAUAUGUCAGACGAAGAAAAGACUGGACUUUCCUCUGAUCCGACUCUGGGACCUCAAUUCAAGAGUCCCCCUCAAGGCGCUGCUACCUCUGUAUGGGCGGCAACCUCUAAGCAUCUAGAAGGGAUGGGCGGAAAAUACCUGGAAGACGUCCAGAUUGCGAAGGCGUACGACCCCAGUGAGGGGCAGUGGGCACCGGGCUACUUCCCUCACGCCUAUAGCCCAGAAAAGGAGAAGCAACUUUGGGAGAUGUCAUUACAAAUGGUUGGAAUUGAGGAAUAA